AUGAAGAUCGUGGUCGCCAAAGUGCUGUGUCUGCUGGGCAUCUGUGUCCUCAUGCUGGCUGGGUCCCUUCUCCCUGUCAAGAUAAUUGAGGCCGAUUACGAGAAAGCUCAUCGCUCCAAGAAGGUUCUUGCCCUCUGCAAUUCUUUUGGAGGGGGAGUCUUCCUGGCCACCUGCUUCAACGCCUUGCUGCCUGCCGUGAGAGAAAAGCUCGAUGUAGUUCUCAAGCAGGGGAACGUGACCACGGACUACCCGGUGGCUGAGACCAUCAUGAUGGUUGGCUUCUUUGUGACGGUCUUUGUGGAGCAGCUCAUCUUGACCUUCCAGAAGGAAAAGCCCUCCUUCAUUGACUUAGAGACCUUCAACGCCGGUUCAGAUGUCGGGAGCGACUCUGAAUACGAGAGUCCCUUCAUUGCGUCUUCCCGAGGGCGCACGCUGUACGGUGAACACGGUCACCGCUCCCACAGCCACGGCCUGAAUAUCCAGGAGCUCUCCCGCUCCAGCCCCUUACGCCUCAUCGGGCUGGUGUUUGCUCUGUGUACGCACUCCAUCUUCGAGGGACUGGCCCUGGGCUUGCAGGAGGAGGGCGGCAAAGUCAUGAGCUUGUUCCUAGGAGUUGCCAUUCACGAGACGCUGGUAGCGGUGGCAUUGGGCAUCAGCAUGGCCAAGAGCUCGCUGCCACUGAAGGACGCUGUGAAGAUGGCUGUGACGGUGAGCCUGAUGAUUCCUCUGGGCAUUAGCAUUGGGAUGGGGAUUGAGAGCACCCAAAAUGCGGCCAGCAACAUUACUUCCCUGCUCCUGCAAGGCAUCGCAGGGGGCACUUUCUUGUUCAUCACCUUCUUUGAGAUCCUUGCGAAGGAGCUGGAAGACAAGAAUGACCGUCUCUUGAAGGUUCUCUUCCUGGUGCUGGGCUACACGGCUCUGGCUGGGCUGGUCUUCUUCAAGUGGUGA